AUGAGCGAGUCGGGAGAAUUGGCGAGACAGCCGUCGGAGAAGAAGUUCGGUGGGAUGCUGAGCUUCAUGCGUCGCGCGCAGGAGGACAUCGUGGCGGAGGCCGAGGCCGAGGCCGCGGCGAAGGCGGAGGUGCGGGCGCGGGCGGAGGCGGAGGCGAAGGCGACGAAGGCGGACUCCGAGACGACGAAGAAGGAGGCGGUGAAGGCGAUCUUGACGUCGCAAAAGUCGAUCAAGACGAACGCGAAGACGGAGGCGAAGCUGGCGAAGAGCGCGAGUAAAAAGAACGCGGAUCCGGCGGCGGAGGCGAAGCUCGCGGAGUUGGCGGCGGAGAAGGCGGCGGAGGAGGCAAAGUUGGAGGAGGCGAGGGAGGCGUACAGAAAGGCUGAGAACGACGAGCGCGAGGCGGCUGAGAAGGCGGCCGCGGCCGCGGCUGAGGCGAAGGCUGCGGCUGAGGAGGCGGCCGCGACGAAGGCUGCCGAGGAGAAGAAGGCGGCUGAAAAGGCCGCCGAGGAGGAGAGGAAGGCGGCCGAAAAGGCGCUCGAGGAAGAGAAGAAGCGAGCCGAGGAGGCGGCAAAGCAGGCGAUCAAGGAAGCCGAGGAGGCGGCGAAGAACAAGGCCGAAGAGGAACGCAUCGCCGCCGAAGCAAAGGCUAAGGCUGACGCUGAAAAGGCCAAGGCUGAAGCCGAGGCCGCGAGAAAGGAAGCCGCCGAGCGCGAGGCGGCGAAGAAAGCGGCCGAGGAAGCCGAAGCCGAAGCCGCCGAAGCCGCCGAAAAGGCGAAGAAGGAGGCUGAGGAUGCAAAAACGCGCGCCGCUAAAAAGCAAGCCGAAAAAGAGGCUGCCGAGGCUGAAGCUGCGGCGAAGAAGGCGAAGGAAGAGCGCGAACUCGCCGAGAAGCAAGCCGCCGCCGCCGCCGCCGAAGCCGCGCGCAGGGAAGCCGAAGAAAAGGCUGCCAAGGAAAAGAUGGGUGGUCUGUUCGCCAUGCCUGGCAAGUUGAUCGGCCGCGCGUUGUCCAUCAUCCCAUCCGUGCUCGGAGGGAACGAAAAGACCGAGGAGACGACGGCUGCGAGCGACAAGCCCGCGCAAACCGUGCCGGUGGUCGAGCAAAAGUCCAGCGGCUUGUGUGGCUUGGGGAUUUGCUGCUUCUAAUUCGUCACUUUACUACGUGGAUCGAAACCGAUCCGUCACGAGGAUCUGCGCGACUCCGUCGCGACGGAUCGACAACCAAAAUAAUAACUUAUUCGACGACGUCCGCCGUCUCGACACUUUUACUACAUAUACAACGCGCCACCGCGAGCGCAAAUUUUCAAAAUCUAUUGCGCGGCGAACAUCUUUUGUAAUUGAGCCUUCCAAUUGCAUGCGCUAA